ACAUCCGGCCUUUUCCCAGUUUUCCGGCGCCGUAACCAGCGCUGUGACUCUCCGGUCCUCGCCUUGACGGGACAAAAUCCUCGGAAAUGGGGUUCGUAAAAGUUGUGAAGAACAAGGCCUACUUCAAGCGCUACCAGGUCAAGUUCCGCAGAAGGAGAGAGGGCAAAACUGACUACUAUGCCCGUAAGAGACUGGUUGUCCAGGAUAAGAACAAGUACAACACCCCCAAGUACAGGAUGAUUGUGCGCGUCACCAACAGAGACAUCAUCUGCCAGAUCGCUUACGCCAAGAUUGAAGGUGACACAAUUGUCUGUGCGGCAUAUUCCCAUGAACUGCCCAAGUAUGGAGUCAAGGCCGGGCUGACAAACUAUGCUGCUGCUUAUUGCACAGGACUUCUCAUGGCCCGCAGGCUUCUGAACAAGUUCGGCCUGGACAAAGUCUAUGAAGGCCAAGUGGAUGUGACUGGUGAUGAGUACAAUGUGGAGAGCAUAGACGGGCAGCCUGGUGCCUUCUCCUGUUACCUGGACGCCGGCCUCACCAGGACCACCACUGGAAACAGAGUCUUUGGUGCCCUGAAGGGAGCUGUAGACGGUGGCCUCUCCAUUCCCCACAGCACAAAACGUUUCCCCGGCUUCGACUCAGAGAGCAAAGAGUUCAAUGCAGAAGUCCACCGCAAACACAUACUGGGCCAGAACAUUGCGGAAUACAUGCGUCUCCUGAUAGAGGAGGAUGAGGACGCCUACAAGAAGCAGUUCUCUCAGUACAUCAAGAACGGCAUCACAGCCGACCAGAUGGAAGAAAUGUACAAAAAGGCGCACGCUUCAAUCCGAGAGAAUCCAGUCCACGAAAAGAAACCAGAGAGAGAAGUCAAAAAGAAAAGGUGGAAUCGUGCCAAAUUGUCUCUGGCACAGAGAAGAGACCGCAUUGCUCAGAAAAAAGCCAGCUUCCUCCGAGCUCAAGAGAAGAACGCCGACAGCUAAUCUGGGCUUCCUGCAGUUUUCUAUAAGGGUCUCGUGGAAAUAAAUCUAUUGAAUAAA